UGAGUCGCAGAUGCAGGGGGACCGGGCAGGCCGCGAAACAUCAAUAUUUUGCCACCUGGCGUGGAAGCCUGGUCCCGGCAGUCAGUAACCCAGCGAGGAGGGUGAGCUGGGUGGGAGUAGGCGUGAUGAGUGGGAAGAGCCUGCUGCUGAAGGUGAUCCUGUUGGGUGACGGUGGAGUUGGAAAGUCCUCCUUGAUGAAUCGGUACGUCACGGACCGCUUCGACUCCCAGUCCUUCCACACCAUUGGUGUGGAAUUCCUCAACCGGGACUUGGAGGUAGACGGGCGCCUUGUCACUCUCCAGAUCUGGGAUACGGCAGGCCAGGAACGGUUCAAAUCUCUGCGCACGCCCUUCUACCGUGGCGCUGACUGCUGCUUGCUCACCUUUGCCGUGGAUGACGUGCAGAGCUUCCAGAACCUGUGCUGCUGGAAGAAGGAGUUCAUGUACUAUUCAGACGUAAAGGACCCUGAGCGGUUCCCCUUUGUGGUGCUUGGGAAUAAGGUGGACAAGGAGGAGAGAGAGGUAGGGCAGGACGAGGCACGGGCUUGGUGCGAGGAAAAUGGCUGCUGUCCCUACUUUGAGACCAGUGCUAAGGAUGACACUAAUGUCACAGCCGCAUUCGAGGCGGCUGUCAGGGAGGUCCUGGCUGCAGAGGACCAGAUUGACCAUGCGCUGCUGAGCAGCACAAUCGAUCUCCACGGAAACCGCAAAAGCCCCCGCUCUUCUUGCUGCUGAUUGGUCUUGUGGGAAUAAACCCCUUUUUCAUGGUCCUGGUUGAGACUAGGGUGUUACAUUUUUGAAAGCCAGUGUGGUUAUGUCUAAGGUGCAUGAUGUAGGUAUGAGCUACUGUGAACAGUACAUCCUAAACAUUAUGUAGAUAGGAUGGGUCUUUUCUAGGAAGUGCUGUGUGACAGACCCAGUCUGUAUUCGUAAAGCUCAAUCCAGCGACGGUACACUGUAACGGGCACAUACAGUUUUCCAACUCUUCUCUGCUUUCAGCAUUGUUGCACAAGAAAUGCUCACUCUUUUCAAGCUUAAGCUUUAUCUUCCUGUGCAACAUUUUUAUCAAAUCGCCUUUCUACUGUAGAGCUGGGCGAUAUAUCACUAUGAUAUCGAUAUCGUGAUAUGAGACUAGAUAUCGUUGAGGAUUUUGGUUAUCCUAAAAUGGUGAUAUAGGCUAGCUUACAUUUUGUAUUUUCCUGGUCUUAAAGGCUGCGUUACAGUUCAGUAAUACAAUUUUCUGAACUUAUUUGACUGUUUUAACUGACUGAAGUUAACAAUGAAUGCCUCUUCCUGCUUGGCCAUCAUUACUCAUGAUCGUCUCUCAAAAUUUUUCUGUAUUUAAAUAAAUUCUGAACGCGCCAAUAGUGGAAAUGUCUUCACCAAAAUAUCGUCACAUUAUCGAUAUCGAGACAUUGUCAAAUAUUGAAAUAUUUGCUAUUUUUAAUAUCGCCCAGCCCUAGUCUGUAGUCAUUAUUUUAAUUAGUUGUGUUUUAAUGCGGUGGAUUUGAGAAUAUUCUCUACGUCACCCCAUCAUCUCCCUAAAAUUUGCAGGAUGCUUGUGGCACUGCAGCAUAAUCCUUGAACUGUAACUGCCUGUCCGUCUGUAAGUGGAUUCUUUUCAGGGUGUCAGAGGGUCUUUGAAUACAGCUUUGUUUUAUCUCAUUGUCAGAUCUGUCAACAGGGCUUGGAUGGCUAAUGGAAUCCAAUAUGCGGACACAAGCAAUGGCUGUAAGUGACGCGAUUCCCAAUCUAAUCAGACAUCGUGCUUUAGAACUGACAACAUCAAUAUGAUGACUAACUUGAUGAGGUACCGGGAGGAUAACAUAUUGCUGCACAAAAUACAGAAGACGCUUUUUGUCUUCAAAGGGAAGAAAAUGGUGAGCUGUAAUUUCACCACCAAUGAAAGCAAUGGGUAUGAACUAUUGGGGUACUUUUACUUAUUUGACCAUGGUGUCUAUUACCACCAAAACUAUCAUCCAAGUGCAGUUUGCUGGAGGUGGUGUUGCAUUAGGUCACUCACCUUUCACUUGACCUAGGUACGGAAGCCUUUUUUCAGAAGUCAAAAUUGUAUUAAUUCCUGGUUAUUUUCCUGUGAAGUUCAUUUUCAGUCCUUAGUAUUAUGUUUUGGCAGGUUUGUUUUGUCUUUUCAGACAUUGAUUGUGGUCUGAUAUUUAUGUAGGGCUUUCCUGAUGAGCAGAAGUAGAUGUUAAUAAUGAUGAUGACCAUUAUGGCCGGUUUGUGAUCCUGUCGUCCUGCGUGGCUGAUUGCAUUGUCAGGACUUAACAUUCCAGUUGUUGAGCUUUGCCUAUAUUCUGAAGGUCUCCUCUGCUUUACUGAUGUACAGUAUUACAUGUGUACUGUCAGUUCAUAUCUACGUUUCAGCUGAAUGUGAAAUAGCCUGAGUACAUAGAAAACAACUUGACCUUUUUUAUGUGUGGAUUGUGCCUCGCCCCCUCCCUACGAAUCUAUCCAUACAUUGUUGUUAGAAAAUCUGUUUGAUGAUUGACUGUGUUCAGGUAAAUGGUACAUUUUAUGAUGAUGUUUUUACAAUAGCUUACUCACCACAGGUACUGUGUGUUUGACCUUUGACCCUGCUUUGUCACUGCUGUAGACCUUAGGUCAUUAUUGUAAUGGAUCUGACCGAAGGGCUCAGGAAAAUAACAUGGCUUAUGUUGAUGCCUCAGGCAGAUUUUGUUUUAAUUAACCUUUUUCAGUAUUCUUGUACAGCUCCCUUUGAAAGUAAGGAAAUGCUAAAGCAAACGCUGGUGUUUUCCUUGAGGCACUUUGAUUUGAGGUGGUUAUGAGACCAAAGAACAGACAAUCCCCUUCUAACUCGUAUUAGGUAUUCAGCACAUUUUUUUUUCAUCUUUUUGGAUUCAUUUAGAGGAAUGGCCAUCUUUGUGUUUGUUUUCCCUCGUUAAGAUUUGCUUACAUUACCUGUUUCCCAUUUCUCAGGUGUUUUUUAUUUUGCGUUGCAGAGAUUGUCCAUCCUUACUUAAAGUCCACGUGGUUGUCUUUGGAGAAGUGCCUGUGUAAAGACGACGAGAGAAAAGACUAAGGCAGAGGAACAUACAGUCCGUUAGCUGAUGGAGCAGAAAAAAAGUCAGUAAUUCAUUAGAUAAAAAACAGGCAGUGUAAGUACAAAUAUCAGAAAGUUUUGCAAAAAAGAAAGGAACCACUUGUGGAUUUAAAUGAAUACCAAAUCGGUAGGCUUAUGAAGACAGCUGCGUUUGACGAAGGCCAAAUUGUAAAAGCUGCAUAGAAAAAGCCUAAAAACGGCCGUCAGUUAUUUCACUGGUGGUCUCCACGAAGUGUUAGUGAACGUUUUACACGCCGUCAUUAGAGCAGAUCCAUAGAAGGCAAGAUGCAAAUCUCACCGUCAGCAAGAACUAAAACACCAGCUGGGACUGGCUAAAAGAGGAGAUGAGCUGAGGUGUUCCAGAAACAAAUUCCUAGGGACAGAUGAGGUCAAAAUGCACAUUUUCUGAAAUGAUGCAUCGAUGAAAGAUCGAGAAAAAAAGUAAGCCACAGUUCAUAAUCUAAAGUCUGCUGCCUCGUGAAACUCGGCGGAGGUAGCGGCACGGCGUGGGCAUGCAUUGCUCUUCAGUAUGAUGAGUGUAUGAUGAGUAUACAGAAAACGCCUCACUGGCUGUGUGCAAAUGAACUCCUGCAAAGUCAUCGGUCAGUGUUUAAUCAUGCAGCAGAGAUAGUGACCUCAAACACUCUGCCAACACUACUGAAGCUUUUAUCAAUGGGGAACAGGUGGAAAGUCGGUCUGCUGAAAUAAACCCAGGCGAGCAUGCAUUUCAAUUACAGAGGAGGAAACACGAGACAGACCCCAAAACAAAGGUUGACAGAAAGCACCUGCUGUGAAGGCCUGGAAGAGAAUUUCUAAAUAAGAUGUCAAACAUUUUCGUCAGUACCACUACUACGUAUAUAUGCAGCUGUUACAUUGAAUAACCGUUCAACCAAACACCGGACCUUGCAACUUUAAAUUUACUUUACUCUUGCAAAUGUAGGGAAAUUGAGGAUCUAACAGAAAGCAAACUUUUUUUUUGCUCAACGAGUGAAACGUGGGCGUACACUGAAUCAACAGCUGAUUGUCUGUACUUUGGUCUAAUAUGAAUCUUUUUCAUCACAAAUUUAAAAAAAAGUCUUAAUUUAUGCAUCAGAAAAAUGCUUGAUUCCACCAUUUUGUGUUUGUUUUUUUGGUGAGGUGUCAAGUAGAACAACCAUUAUAGUGUUGCAUUGACAAAAUUUGCAUCUUUUUCGCACACAUGCAUGUUAAAGUCACUAUAGUUGCAUCUUCAUACCUCUUCCGUUUUUGUUUUCUCAUUUGAUCUCUUGUCAUGGAUCAUGUCUGUCUUUAGGUCAAGUUGAUAUGUGUGUACCCCAUAUUAGUGAAAUAACCGUUACAAAAACAACGCCGCAUGUGGCAUCAGUCGAGCCAGUACUGUCAGGUUUACUUUUUAACCAUCGCUCUUUGAUUUACUCAAGACAUAUAGGGAAUGGCUUGUUCAGACUAUUAAGUAUUUAUGAAGUAUUAUUGAUUGCAGGUACCUAAUGUAUGAGAGAAUAUGUAAUAACUGUGAACUAAGUAGGGCAUCUUAACUGAGUAUAGCUGUUAGCCUACAUUAAUUGUAUGGGAAAAUGAGGGCUGAGUGUUUUUUGUUUUUUUAAUCAUGUCAAAACAUUUUUCCUUACGGUACCAUUUGUUUCCUACCCUUUUAAGACAAGGUAGCCAGAUAAAGCAUCACUUUGACUUUUCGCGAUACCUGAAGAUGACGCUUAAUAUAAGCUAUUUACUUUUUAAAAGCCUAUGUUGUUCUUCUGUUUUAUUGUACUGUAACCAAAUCCCAUGUCGCUUUUUUUUCGACUGCAAGUAUCAAAGGAAUGUAAACCCCCCCCCCAAAAAAGUGUUUUGGCCUGUCCAGACUAAUCAUGUAAAUUGCAAACGGUAUUUGUUUUAUUACAAACUUGAGACUGAACAUACCUAACCCAGUGUUGACCCCGUGUGUGUGUGUGUGUGUGUGUGUGUGUGUGUGUGUGUGUGUGCGUGCGUGCGUGCGCUUCGAGUGAUUUGAGAGGUAGGCUACGUGUCUCUGAUCCAGUAUGAAAAUUACCACGGUCCUUUUUUUGCACUACGGACGAUAAGGCUGGUUGUAUCAAGAGAAUGGUGUAGUGGUGAAUAUUAUCCAAUACUGUAAUACAAAUAAAACAUGUGAUA